AGGCAUCCACAGUUUAGCAGAGCAUACCGCCUGCCCAAAUACUAAUUAACUAUGGCCGCAGCCGGCCGUCACAUCGCACCAACCAAUCGCCGCACCGGCCAUCUGCACUCCACUCCAAUCAAUGGCUUCACUCACCUCCCUGCCGCUGCAAUCUCUUUGUCUCCCAUUCUCCAGAAUCAAUUCUGAUUUCCCCGCCAUCUACGGUUUUGCGAAGCCCUCGCGAUCCAUCAAGGCCUGUAUGGCCGCGGCGCGGCCGUCGGCGGCGGAGGCGUCGUGUGUCGGAUUCAGGAAUUUGAUGGAAACGUUUACUGUUGAUGUGCAGAGGGCGGAGGGUAGGCCGCUGGACGUUCCACUCAUCGCGCCGUUCACGAUAGCAUCUUCGAGGUUGGAGGGAGUGGAGAAUGUCGCAAUUCGAGUUGAGUUGAGGAAUGGGUGUGUGGGGUGGGGGGAGUCUCCGGUGCUUCCGCACGUCACGGCGGAGGAUCAACCGACUGCUCUUGCCAAAGUGGCGGAAGCUUGCUCGUUCCUGGAGCGGAGUUCCGGGGGGACUCUUGGCCACGUCUUGACGGAGAUUAAUCGGAUGUUUUCCGGUCACUCAUCUGCUUCGGUCAGAGCAGGAAUUGAAAUGGCACUGAUUGAUGCUGUGGCGAACAGCAUUAGAGUACCUCUGAGGAGAUUAUUCGGUGGAUUUUCUGAUACAAUAACAACCGAUAUAACAAUUCCUAUAGUUUCCCCUACUGAAGCAGCAGAGCUGGCUUCAGAGUAUCGCAGUCGAGGAUUCAAGACCUUGAAGCUGAAAGUCGGGAAGAACCUAACCGGUGACAUCCAGGUGCUUCAGGCAAUACGAGCGGUCCAUCCAGACUGCCUAUUUGUCUUGGAUGCCAAUGAAGGUUAUAAUUCCGAUGAAGCCAUUCAAGUUCUGGAAAAGUUACAUGAGAUGGAGGUAACACCAGUUCUUUUUGAGCAACCUGUUCAUAGAGAUGAUUGGGAGGGUCUUGGUCGUGUUAGCCAUACUGCUAAAAGCAAAUAUGGGGUGUCUGUUGCUGCUGAUGAAAGCUGUCGUAGCUUGGCUGAUGUGCAUAAAAUCGUGAAAGAAAAUCUUGCACAUGUAGUCAACAUUAAGCUCGCCAAAUUGGGAGUGUUGGGUGCCCUUGAAGUCAUCGACUUAGCAAGAGCAUCUGGAUUAGAUUUGAUGAUCGGUGGUAUGGUCGAAACCAGACUUGCUAUGGGCUUUGCUGGUCAUUUGGCAGCCGGCCUAGGUUGCUUCAAAUUCAUUGACCUCGAUACUCCUCUGUUAUUAGCCGAGGAUCCUGUUCUUGAGGGCUACGAAGUUUCGGGUCCAAUUUACAAGUUCUCUAACUCUCGAGGUCACGGUGGCUUUCUUCAUUGGGAUAAUAUCGCAUGACAACCGUCGACAAGUCUUACUUUCAUCUGGUAAAUCCAUGCGGCUAUGGCUUAGCUUAGCUUGCCAUUCUACUUAUGCAUGUGUAACGUUUGAUGUGGGCGAUUGAAGAUUGGUGAAGUAGUCUUGUUAAGGGUAGGGUGGGUAGAGUUGUUGAGACUAAAACUACUCGCUGGAUGAGUAUAUUUAAUUUGAAAUUACUGUAUUGAUGAACUUACUUGCAGCUCAGUUCGUAUUGAGUUGGCAAUGAAAUGUUGUUUGUGAUUUUAUGGUGAUAUAUUGUUUUUUGAGUUACU